UACAAAUGCAAUAGGUGUGGGAAGGCCUUCAGUCAGAACACACACCUCAUUCAUCAUCAGAGAAUUCACACUGAUUCCUGCUCUUCCUCAUGGGAAGUGUGUCCAGGAGGGAAACCAGUGUUGCUUGCAUUCCUAACAACUUGUCUCUGGACAGCAUGAGUUCCAGCCAGAUUUCACUGCACAUGAAACAUCAGAGAUUUAACAGGCAGAAGAAACCUUCAGAAUGUAGUGAAUGUGGAAAGUGUUUUACUCAGAGAUCAUCUCUUACCCAGCAUCAGAGGAUUCACACAGGAGAGAAGCCCUACGUAUGUACUGAAUGUGGAACUUGUUUCCGUAAACAGUCAAAUCUUACUCAACAUCUUAAGAUUCAUACAGGAGAGAAACCUUAUAAAUGUAAUGAAUGUGAGAAAGCUUUUCAAACAAAAGCAGUCCUCAUCCAGCAUCUGAGAAUUCAUACUGGGGAAAAACCAUAUAAAUGCAGUGAAUGUGGCAAAGCCUUUUGUCAGAGUCCAUCCCUUAUUAAACACCUGCGAGUUCACACUGGAGAGAAACGCUAUAAAUGUAGUGAGUGUGGCAAAGCCUUCAGUCAGAGUAUAUGCCUUACUCGUCAUCAGAGAAGUCUUUCUGGAGAUAGACCUUAUAAGUGUAAUGACUGUGGGAAAGCCUUUAAUCAGAGUGCAUGCCUCAUGCAGCAUUGGAGGAUCCAUUCAGGAGAGAAGCCCUAUACAUGUACCAAAUGUGGUAAAGCUUUCACUCAGAACUCUUCCCUCUUUGAACACGAGAGGACUCACACUGGAGAGAAACUUUAUAAGUGCAGUGAGUGUGAAAAAACCUUCCGCAAGCAAGCACACCUUAGUGAACAUUACAGAAUUCACACUGGAGAGAAACCUUAUGAGUGUGCUGACUGUGGGAAAUCCUUCAGGCACAGCUCAGCACUUGUGCGACAUCAGAGGCUUCAUGCUGGAGAAUAAACUCGAGAUACAACCAGGGUGAAAUAUGAAAACAAUUUUUUUUUUCAAAAUUCUUAGGAAAUUAAGAUUCAGUCUUUGGCUGGGAUGAAUAUUUUGUGUGUUGCACAAGAGGCAAUUGUGUCUUAAAAGUUAAGAAAAUAGAACUAGACAGUCUUGAGUUUGAUGGCUUCUCUGCCACUUAAUGGAUGUCUGACCUUACCUGUCUGAGCCUCAGUUUUUCCCAUGCCCCCUAAAAAAAUAAC